UGGUUGCCUCUCUCCAUGCAUCAUCAUCCUCAUCCUCCUCCCACCUUCGCCUUCGUCUUUAUACCAUCCUCCCCCUCCUCAAUAUCCUCACCCACGCUAGUCCCCCAACCCCAAAAUUAAUUAACUAACUGAUACACUACUACCAGUACUAGUACUAUAUUCCGAGCCGAUCAAUCAUGGAUCUCAUCAACGCCCUCCUCAACCUCUUUGUGCCGCCGUCUUGCCUACUCAUCCUCGCCUUCGCCUGGCCCUCCCUCUGUUUCAUCACCCUCUGCGACUGGCUUUACACCACUCUUUUCGCCGCCGAGGACAUGCACCAUAAGGUGGUCGUCAUCACCGGCGCUUCCUCUGGUAUUGGAGAGCAAAUUGCUUAUCAAUAUGCGAAGAGAGGGGCAAACCUCGUGUUGGUGGCACGAAGGGAACAGAGGCUGUUUGGAAUUAGGGAGAAUGCAAUAAGGUUGGGUGCGCCGAGUGUGGUGAUAAUUGCUGCCGAUGUUGUCAAGAAGGAUGAUUGCCACAGGUUUAUCAAUCAAACAAUCAGCUACUACGGACGCGUGGAUCAUCUGGUGAAUACAGUCAGCUUGGGCCACACUUUCUACUUUGAAGAAGCUACGGACACGAACGUGUUUCCCAUUUUAAUGGACAUAAACUUUUGGGGCAAUGUAUAUCCAACGCAUGUGGCGCUUCCUUAUCUGCGGGAAAGCAACGGCCGCAUUGUGGUGAAUGCCUCGGUUGAGAAUUGGCUUCCUUUGCCGAGGAUGAGCUUGUACUCUGCUGCGAAAUCCGCACUGAUAAACUUCUACGAGACACUGAGAUUUGAGGUGAAGAGUGAGGUUGGGAUAACUGUUGCGACACAUGGUUGGAUAGGAGCAGAGAUGAGCAGAGGGAAGUUUAUGAUGGAGGAGGGCACUGAGAUGCAGUGGAAGGAGGAAAGGGAAGUGGAUGCGAGCGGGGGGCAGGUGGAGGAGUUUGCGAAGGCGGUGGUAUCAGGGGCGUGCAGAGGGGAUCCGUAUGUGAAGUAUCCAAGCUGGUAUGACAUAUUCUUCUUGUACAGGGUAUUUGCACCUAAAGUCCUCUACUGGACAUUCCGACUCCUCCUGGCCAACGGCGGCGGGGCAAUGGGGAGAAGAAGGAGAACAUCUUUAGUGGGCACAGGGAGGCCCCUUGUGGAGGAGCCCAUGCCCAUGGCCGCAUCCACAUUAAGGGUAGUCCCAGUCCCAGUGGAUGAAGAAGAAUCAUCCACCACCACCAUGUCUCCAUCUCCCACUUCCUCUCCUGGGGCAGCAGGCAGCAGUAUUAGUAGUAGAAGUGAUAGGCUUCUUGGCAGCCCUGCUGGGUCAUCCUUGACCUUUCAUCACGCACUCAAAAAUGAGUGAGUGAUGGGAUCGAUGUUGUUUACUGUGUUUAGGGUGUGUGUGUUGAGGAGCAGGAGGAUACGACCAUGGCAAUGGCAGUAGAGAGAGGGAGAGAGAGAGAAUUGUUGUUGUUGAUGAUGAUGUUGAGAUGCAAUGAGCAGGAGAACUGAAUGAAUAAGAUAAGCAGAAUCAGGCAGUA